UCAAACACAGUGCAUCGCUACUUCGGUGCGGAACUUCAUGAUGUUCGGAUAUUCCAAAGGCCGAAGGCCAAAAAUUAAAACUGGCCCAGUGGCCCAUAUGUGAAAUGCCCAAAUUGCAGCUAGCACCGAGCCCUUGGUCCCUGCCUCUAGCCGCUAGGUCUCCGAAAGACUCUGUCUGACUCGCUCUCUGGCUCUCUGCGACUGUGCUCUACGCCUCAGAACACUCGUGUUCUGGUCUUCCAUUUGAGCAGACAAGUUGAGACCUGUGGAAGCAGACAAGCAAUGAAGCAGAUGACCUGCUGCCUCUCACGCCGGUCGGCGUUCUCUACAAUUCUUUAUUUCGCUUAGCAGACCGCAGUGCCCUACUGCCCCUUGCACCUAUGCCCCUAGCCCGCUCCCGAGUCCCGCCCUGUGCUGCGCCCUCCGCCCCUGCCUUCUGACUGAGCUGUCUUCCGAUUUUCAAAAGGCACUGCAGCCACUAAAAAAGAUGGGAAAGAAAGGAUCAAACACAAUUAAACAUGAUUCAAAUGGGAGGAAACAGAACCAUGUUAAUGCCAAGUCGAUGUUGAAACUGGAGCAUAUUAAGAAUCUUGCGGUUUGGGCCAGUGGUGAGACAUUCAUACCUUCUUUAGGCUGCUUUUUUGGCAUGAGUUUAGCUGCUUCCUCCCAGGCCUUGGGAUUGCCUCCUGACCCGACUUUUGUCCCUUGUCAAAGAUGUGAAUCUGUUCUUCAACCAGGCUACAAUUGUACUAUUCGAGUUGAGAAGAGCAACCCAAAGGCUCGUCACAGGAGCAAGACAUCCAGAUGCAGCCCACAGAAUCAUGUGGUGUACACGUGCCAUUUUUGUUCACACCGGAACCUAAAGAGAGGAACCCCAAAAGGCCAUAUGAAAGAAAUAUGCCCACAAAAGCCCAAGCCCUUAACCCAUAAAAAGUCAUCUGAAUCAAAGACUGUCACUUCAAGUAAUGGCGAUCAUGAUAUUAUGCUAGGCGGGUCUGUUGAAACGGCAGGUGAUCCUUCGACGCCUUCAUCGAUGAGAGUGGACAUCACUUUAGUGGACUCGAAGAGAAAGAGAAGGAACUGGUCAGGGGGAUUAAAGAAAAAGCCUGUUAGAUCUGAAUGUGCCUCUACCACCAUGACUACUACUACUACUACAACUACGGAUGGUAAUCAUAAAACCACUAUUGACACAGGUGGUAGCAAGAGAAAGAGAAAAUCUUGGACUAGUUUGAAGCACAUUGCUGAAAGUAAUGAACAUGAUGGUCAUAGUAGGAAGUUCUCAAAUGUGGUAGUCCCUUUUUUUGUGUGAGUUCAAAUUAUUUGUUCAUGCUUGUUGUUAAACUUCAUAGUGUGAAACUUGUGAUUCGAAAGUUUUGUUGUUGCUGUUGUUAGUCAUUUGAUGCACUGUUUCAUUUACUUAGUUGUGGUUCUCACAAAUUCAGGUUAAAAUACCUAAAAAGUGAACAAGUAAGAAGGUGAUAUUUCACCACUGCAGACUGUAUAAGAAUUUAAGAUGAGUAGUGAAAUGUUAAUUUGAGACUUUGAAUGAGUGGUCGGAAUUCGGAAA